AUGAGAUAUGCUUAUAAUAAUGUUGUUAGAUGGAACAGAAAUCGUCGUUUUUGUAAUAGUUCUAAAAAUUUUGAAUGGAUAAAACCUCAUACACUCAAUGAAAAACUUAAAUUAUACACAGAUAUAAAAGAAGGAAAAGAUCCUAAUGAAAAAGAUAAAAAAUUACAGAGAUCAUGUGUAUGGGGAGAACGUAAAUUUCUACGAACAGUUGCAUGGUUAGAAUUAUGUCUUAAAGGUUUACAUGAUAAAGUACCUGCAAAUAUAAUUGAUGAGAGUAUUGAUGAUGCUUUAAUAGCUAGAAAAAAUAUAAUACAAAAAAAUUUAAAAGAAACUAAAAAGUCAUUUUUAUCAUUUAAAUCUAAGAAAGAUUUACGGCAAACAAUGUCUAUUCGCGCGCAAAACUUUUCAAAGAAAGAUUGGAAUCAUUUUUAUGUUAUGCAUCUUCAUAAUUCUUCGACUUUAUUAUCAAAACGAUGCAAACCUAACGAUUUUGAAGGUAGAAAGUGUGACUUGUGCCCAUUUCAUUUUGAAAAAAAGAGAAAGCAUAAUAAAUGGCCAUUGCAAAAAAUAGAUUGUGAUUGUAAACUUACGUAUCUAAGUAAGACAAAUGAAUGGAUAUUUUAUUGGGUAUACGAAGCACAGAAACAGAUCCGUGAAACACAAGCGAAUGUUCAUGUAGUUUCAAUUGAUCCAGGAGUUUGUACUCCAUUCACAUGGUAUUCUUCAACAAAAGGUGUGAGAAAGAUAGGAGAAUACGAUAUAGGACGUAUUUUUCGUUUAUGUAAACACAUGGAUGACCUAAUAUCAAAAAAAGACAGAUUUGCAUCUUCAAUCUCGAAACGGAAGAAGAAGAAAGCAUUGCGUGUUGACAAAGCCAUCUUUCGUAUGAAACGAAAGAUCAGACGACUUCAGGAAGAAAUCCAUCGAAAAACAAUCAAGUUCUUAACAGAUGAAUUUGACAUGAUUGUUAUUCCCUCUUUUGAGGUUUCAGAUAUGACAUAUAGCUGGUGCGAAAACAUUCAGAAUAUUGGAGGAUCAGAAACGUAUAAAUACAAAAUUUGUAAUAUAAAAAUAGAUAGAGAUGUCAAUGGUGCCCGAGGGAUAUUUCUUCGGGCUUUGCUUGAUGGAGCCAUAAUCUUGUUAUAA